GACGGAGGGUAAGAGGGAGUCUCGAAACAGCGCAGGCUAGCAGACGCUGUCCUCUUCAAACAGAUAAGGCGGACUAACCCGAAGGCUGCAGCCCUCUCUCCCUCCUGUUCACGCAGAAGUGAACGCAUCGUCAUCAAGCACAAGAGAACACAUGCUGUAGCGGCCUAACACAACUGGGACUGCAGAUUACAUGCGUCAUUCUUUGUAGCUUUGUCAAGAACUGAAAUCAAAGUGCAUCAUGGAUUUUGUAAUGAAGCAAGCACUGGGAGGGGCCACCAAAGACAUGGGGAAAAUGUUAGGUGGAGAAGAAGAAAAAGACCCAGAUGCCCAGAAGAAAGAGGAGGAGAGGCAGGAGGCACUGCGGCAACAAGAGGAGGAAAGGAAGGCUAAGCAUGCUCGCAUGGAGGCAGAGAGAGAAAAGGUCAGACAGAACAUCAGAGAUAAGUAUGGACUGAAGAAGAAGGAGGAGAAGGAGGCUGAGGAGAAAGCAGCCAUGGAGCAAGCCUGUGAAGGCUCACUAACUCGCCCAAAAAAGGCUAUUCCUGCAGGGUGCGGGGACGACGACGACGAAGAAGAGGAGAGCAUUUUAGAUACAGUCCUGAAAUUCUUGCCUGGACCUCUUCAGGACAUGUUUAAAAAGUAAUGGACAUGAGACUGUAUUUGGUGGCUGCUGGGAGGGUUUCUUUUGGAGGAAGAUGUAGUUUGAGACUGGGGAUAGUGGGAAUCUUGCCAAACUGUGGAAGGCUUUUCACUGCCUCAACAAAGUCUUAGUUGUUAUUUCUACUGAUAAAAACAAUCCAUUCCCCUACAAAGUCUUGUCACUGCCAUUCAGGUUCAAAUUGUUUAUAUGUGAAAGAUUUUUCUAUUGGUUAAUUUAUAUGCACAACCAUGGCCUCAUACUCUGCAAACUGUGAGCCAUCGGGUUUCAUUAUAAAGGAUACAACAGGAAUACAUUCCAUGAAUUCGAGAACUCUGGCACUGGAAUGAGGUGUGUGUGUGUGUGUGUGUGUGUGUGUGUGUGUGUGUUUAGCUAGCUUGUUCCCAGUCUCAACAUUUUCAGUUAAAGCUAAGAGGGCAAUUUAAAUAACAGCAAUUUAAGCAUGAUGCCUUCCAAUGACUUUCUACAAAUUUGAAUUUUUUUUAACUUUUUUGGUUUUUGUAAAGAAACUUUAGGUCUUGAAUGAUUAUGGACAACAUGUUAUAAGUGGGCAAUUGUUUAGGUUUGGUGUUGUCAUGCUUAGACCUAAGAGCGAACAUGAUUGUGUGCCAUUCUAGACAUCCUGAAUGCUCAUUGUCUAGUUGUCAUUUCUUGGACACUCUCCUUCCUUUUUUUAAAAUAGUCUUUUAAUCGGUGAGAGUCGUAAUAGUCAUUGUUUAAAGUUUGAAAGAGAAGUAAUAUGCACAUUACUCCUGCCAGCAUGAGUAUAGGAAAGGAAAGCAUGUUUAGGUUUGCACUGGGGGAAAAAUGUAAAGAAAAACACUGCCACAUUGCCACAAAUUACUUCAGUGACCAAAAUUUUUUCUAUGAAUAAAAACUUGCAUAAUAUAAAAUAACGCAUAAACUUAUUAUACUUGUAUUUGUAAUCCAGGCUGAAAAAGUACUGCACUGAUUGGAGCUUGAUUUUCCGGAAGAAAAUGAGCAAUUGAUUCAUUUGGAGGUAACAAUUUUGCCCCUAAGGACAAUCAGAUACAACCAUUAUAGUGCAGUUAUAUGGUAUCAAUAUCAAAACUUUGAAUAUGUAACGUGAAAUAAGCCUGCUAGUUAAUGUGCAGCCAUUUGGAAACAGAAAUGUUUCUCCACUGAAGCCUAGACCAGACUCAAAAUUUGCAUUCAAAAAACAAUAAACCAAAGAUAGAAAUUUCUGUAAACAAAUCUAGACAGAUCUGGUUUUUAUUUCUGGCCUCCAAAUAAAACAAAUGGAAGAAUCAGUGGAAAUACAAUAUAAAUUCACACUCUAGCUCCAUUUACUGUCUAAUACUGCCAAGAUCUUAUGCUACGUAAUCUUGAUUUCCAUAUCCGUAGAUAAAUAGCUAUCGAUCUGUGUAUCCAUAGCUCUAGUUAUAGCUAUAGCCAUCUACGGUAGGAGAUAAUUUUGUAAACAUUUGAACCACUGUGUCAUUUCUAACAUAAAAUAUAAUGCCAUUAUGAAGUUGGCAAAAAGUCUUUGAUUUCUUCACACUUUAAACAUCGACUUUUAUAGGGAGAGAUUUUGAAGGGGUGUAUAUACACGUGUACUCAUCUAAUAUUGAAAAAAUUAAAUAAAUAAAUACCCGUCAGGUCAAAACCUGGACAGAGCAAUGCAUAAAGGAUAACAUACUAAAACCUUUAACUGUUGUUAGUCAGGCAAGGACUGUAGGUGUAAUUAGCAGUUGUAGAUUUACUGAGAGUAUUUAAACCCAAUUUACAAAACUCCCUGAGCCACUCAUUAAAUUGACGGAUUUGCUUCAAAACCUAUUAGAAGUAAAUAUUGAAAGCAGUUUUAGAUCCAAUCGAACAGGUGAGUUUUCUAUUUUGAAUAGAUAGAAAGAUAGAGUGAACUUUUUUUCUAGUGCUGAAUGUUUUUUCACUAGUUAAAGCCAUAUUGUGUAGACUGCAAUAAUUAAUGAAAAUAAUAUGUAGGUCAACAAUUUUCAGUCAUGCAUUCAUUUCCUGUAAAAUGUAGACGUUUGUGGAUGCUUCGUGUAUCCACCUAUCUUAUGUGUAAUCUCUGACAUCAUGUAUGUGAAACUGUGUAUAUACCUAGGUAUAUAUGCUACAAUUCCUGAAACGAUAACAUACUAAAAGCCAUUGUUAAUGUCUACAGUGUGAACUACAAGAUUUCUAUGUGAAUGUGUAUAUGUGUCCGUGCUCGUCUGUAACGUUUGACAUGUUGUUAGCUCAUGUACUGUUGAUGCUGUGGCUGUUUUCAUAACUGAAUGUGAAAGUCUCAUUGUCUCAGAGACAGCACAAUGUAUGACUUGCAUGCUGUCUGAUACCAAAACUCUAGGUUCAGUGCUGUUUAUGUACAAAUGUCCCUGCAACAGAAGCUGCUCAUUAGAUUGAAACGUAAUCUAGUUCUUCUCUUGGAAUCUUGUUUAAAGCCGAAUGUUUGAAAUUUACAGUGAUUGGUCGUUUAGCUCUGUACAUGGUUCUACCUGUCCUACUUUGUAAACUGUACACUCUUAGAAAAAUGAAUACUAUACCUUCUGAGAAAUAGUACUGUACCUGUAAAACUGUACCUAUUGUUUUUGCUGGGGUAGUACCAGAACAUCUUCUGUACCGUUAUGCACCUUUCACCUGGAAAUGUGGCUGCAUUGGACCUUUAAUAAUGAUUUCAUUUACAGGGAGCAUAAUUAAUUUUUAUAGAAAAGUUUUUAGGGUAAAUUAUUCACAGCUUUUUGGGUAAAAGGUAUGCACUAAUAGUACAAAAAGUGUACCCUGGAGUGUAUUACCUCAGCAAGUGUACAGUUUAAUAUUCUUUUUUUCUUUUUCUAAGAGUGUAUGAUGAAUUUAUUUUUUUAAUUAGUCUGAUUGUUUCGCUUACCCUAGGUCAAACAUAUCUAUCGUGUUUGUAAUAUAUAAUUGCAAGUGGCAUUUUUUCUAUAGAAGACAUCACAUUCUAAUCAACUGGGUAAAAGGGCUGGAUAUACAAAUUGUGCUUCUACAUUUAGAUAUCCUGGAUCCAAUAUGAUGUUCCUCUGUUAAAAAGUGUUUAAUAUCUGGUCAUGAGAGCUUUUUUCUUUGUUUGGUUUUGUUUUGCCUCAUUAUUUCAUAUCCACGGUAGACCAACUCAACAUCAUAUGUGCUUUCACUUAAAAUUUGAGCUUUGCCAGGCUUACUCAAUGUGAUACAUGGAAAUAAUGUUUGUGAGUGUUAAUUUCUGUCUUAAGGCAAAUUUCAUAGAAACUACCUGUGCUAAGGGCUAUCAAUACCACACUUAUACCCACUCUGUCAUAUUUUGUUGCCAUGUUAGCAGACAGAUUUAUUUAAAGAGGAAAAUUAGGCUGCAUUUACACGAGUAUUAAAACAUUCGUCUCAGUUCCCUCGCUCUGAAUUCUCAACAUUUU